CGUCCUCAAUAUUUUCUUCUCUCGCCGUCUCCUCCUCUCUUUCAGCAGCUCAGUUUCGCCGCCGCAUCUUUCCGGUUCAGUUCUGCCGGGUUUGCCCUAAUUUCCUUUUUCUCACAGAGUGAAUUUUAGGUUGGAAAAAAUGAAUGAGACGAUGAGACAAUUUCAACAGAGCUUAAUUGAGCUAGAAGCUGAAGCAGAGCGUCUCCUUGUAGCCCGCAACGAAGUAAGCUUAAAAAUAUUUGAAGUUUGGCAACUUGGCUUACAAGAUUACUUGUAUUUCCUCCUCGCAAUAUACGCUCUUUGCCACUUAAAUGGAGAUUGCAGUGACUGCUUUGAGGAGGCGAGCAAGGACAACAAAGUCUAGUGUUCCAUCGCCUUUUGAGUCAAUAAUGAAGGAGGUGGGGGGUUCUGAAUCAAGGCCAUUGGUGAAGGAGAUUUGCACUACCUGCGGGAAUCACGAUUCUAAUGAGUGCACAUGGACGAUGUUCCCAGGAACUGAUGUGUUCGCCAGGGUACCAUUUCAUGCUGCUCAUACAAUCUUGGAGACAGAUCAGUCGAAACUUGACUUUGAGGCAAAGAAAUUACAGAGUUAUGUAAAAGACCAGUCCCUUCUGAUUUCAGAAAAAGGUGCCCUUGCUGACAAGAUCAGUCCGGGGGUGCUCAAGUCAUUGGUGACGUUGACAGACAAACCAAAAUGAUUUUGCCAUUCCUACUCCAAUAUGAAUGAGGAGGUGGGCAUUGAGUUCAUCCAGGACCCUUGUUGCUGGUGCUUGGAAAAUUCUACCUUUGCUGUGACUUGGAUGGAGGACUGAUUCUCAUUCAUGUGUGGAAAACGCAAGUACAUUCUUUAUCACUUUUUACUGUGUUUACUAAUAUAAUUGUGCGUGAUGGGUAGAUUUAGAAUAGAUAAUAUCUCCAAGUCUUUGCUUCUGUGACAGUUUUGAACUUUCUGUCCAAGUCUGUUUUGGUGCUUGGAGUAGUAAGAUGUAAGAAUUUAGUCUGAAACACGGCGUUUGCUUUA